AUGGACAAGGACAAGAAGACAGACGGACCUAGUGUCAACUCCGCUGAGGCAUACGAUUACCGCCUGCUUCCCGACUUCGACAAUGACUUUUACGCMGACGACGACAUCCUCGCAUUUGCAUCUGCGCUCGCAGCGCCUGAGACAUUGACGGCUUCGCCUUCGGAGGAGGAUUUGUCAAGCCUCAAGCGGCAAAACACCGAAUUCAUCACCGCCCUUAACGACUGGCGGCCGGUCCGCCAACGCAAGGUUCGUCGCCCCGGAGAGCUCGCAUCUGGCAAGAAGCGCAAGAGUGCUGGAAAGUCUCGAAGGGGCAAAGAUGAGACGCGUGAAGGCUACACAUACUCUUUCGCCAAGUACCCGCUGCUAUUAUUCGUCUUCGGGUGGAUAUCCCUGUUGGGUGUGUGCUACCUGUUCACCCGCUUCUACAUAUACCUAUAUGAACAAUACGUGACAUGGCGUGGAUUGCGGGACAAAUUGCGAAAGGAGCUCAGGCGACAGGACAACUACGAAGAUUGGGUGGAGGCAGCCAAGAAUCUGGACCGCCACUUGGGCAACGACGAUUGGAAAGCGGAAGAUGAGGGGUCCUAUUACGAUUGGAAGGUCAUACGCCAGGUGGUGCGGCAAUUGAGGAGGCUGCGUGUCCAAGCAGAAGAAGAUGAGCGAGAUGAUGAUCGUCGGACCGGACGAGGCGGGCGUCGACCCAUGGACGAACUUCGGGAGGUCCUUCAAAGCUGCGUGAAAGACAACUUCGGUGGCAUCCAAAAUCCGCGUCUAUACUCGGAGACGUACUACGGAACGAAAGACCUGCUGCAGACGUAUGUGAACGAAACAGCGGAAUCUCUGAAAUUCGUAUUCUCUAGCAACCAGCUCUCACACGCGGAAAAGCGACAGCUCUCGAAGCACCUGUCUGCAAAUUUUGGACGCACUGCACUUUGUCUUAGUGGAGGUGCGACUUUUGCAUAUUACCAUGUCGGUAUCGCCAAGGCGCUGCUUGAUGCAGGUCUGCUGCCCAACAUCAUUACUGGAACAUCAGGAGGCGCGCUGGUGGCUGCUUUAUUAGCCACACGAUCUGAUGAAGAGCUCAAGAAACUACUCGUUCCUGCUCUGGCGUUUAGGAUAACUGCUUGCCACGAUCCUUUCAGAGUUUGGUUCAUGCGGUGGUGGCGCACGGGCGCACGCUUCGAUUCCGUAGAUUGGGCCAGGAGGUGCAGCUGGUUCUGCAGAGGGAGUCUGACCUUUCUCGAAGCAUAUCAGCGCACCGGACGAAUCUUGAACGUCUCUUGUGUGCCCAGUGAUCCGCACUCGCCUACUAUCUUGGCGAACUACCUGACGGCUCCAGAUUGCGUUAUUUGGUCUGCUGUGCUUGCCUCGGCUGCCGUGCCUGGUAUCCUAAACCCAGUUGUACUCAUGAGGAAACGAUCAGAUGGCGCACUUGAGCCAUACAGCUUCGGGCAUAAGUGGAAAGACGGCAGUCUUCGCACGGACAUCCCUUUGAAGAGCCUGAACCUUCACUUCGGCGUCAACUUCAGUAUUGUCGCCCAGGUGAAUCCCCAUGUUUCGUUGUGGUUCUUCUCCUCACGGGGAACCGUAGGUCGUCCGGUAACCCAUCGUCGUGGCCGGGGCUGGAGAGGUGGCUUUCUGGGAUCUGUGAUCGAGCAAUUUAUCAAACUCGACCUCCAGAAAUGGUUGAAAGUAUUACGCCACUUGGAGCUACUUCCUCGCCCAAUGGGACAAGAUUGGAGCGAGGUUUUCCUGCAACGCUUCAGCGGAAGCAUCACCAUUACACCCAAAACUAAAGUCUCUGAUUUCCCCAACAUCUUGUCCGACCCUACCAUGCCGCGCCUCGCAGCCAUGAUCAAAGCCGGACAGAUGGCCGCCUGGCCCAAACUCAAGUUCAUCUCCAAUCGCAUGACGGUUGAGAAGAUCAUAGAAGAAGCCAGAGAGGCAACGAGACCUGCCGAGCUUCCCUUCCCCACCCCACUACCCCAGGAGAAAGAACUUCUCGGAUCUCAGCUGAGUGAAGAGGAUCUCGUAGGACUCCUGGAGAAAGCGCGGGCGGGUGUCAAUCGCCCACUUCCGGAGAGGCAGGACUCACCGUCAUUCACCAAGCGCAUGUCCAACUUUUGGAGUAGAACACAGGAACCCACCCCUCGUACAAGCUCCGAGACUGCACGACCGACUGUGAAAGAGCUACAGGCUGCAACGCCCACAUCUCACACGCGGUCCAACAGUCGCAAGGGCAGCGGCGUGAUGGACGAGCUGGUUCGUCAGAGUAGAGUAUUCUUUGACGAUUUCGACGAGUCGGAAGCAGAUCUAAGUGCUGUUGAAGAUCCGGAGCUUGACCAUGAGGAUACCGGAGAGGAUGAGCAUUCAGAAAACGGCCUCUCCAUCUGA